ACGGCGAGCGCACAAGGAGUCAUCACUGUCAUGGUCGCGCUCUUCCGCGCGUCGGCUGUGGCUUUCGCUACCACCGAGGACCAGCAAUGGAGCGUCGCGGAUUGUAAGCUCUCAUCACGAAUCCGGAGGCCUUUACCGUUCCAAGGCAAGCUAUACAUGUUGGAUGAGCGGAAACUCUCCGAUGGCUCCAACGUGACGCAGAUUUUCCAGGUCGAGCCGCCACGGCAUCAUGUCAAGGGCUCAGCUUCGUCUUCGGUGCCGCCACCAAAGUCGUUGAUUGCCACAUGCCCGGCAAGCGGAACCAACAUCCCUUUCUACCUGGCGGAAUGUGACUCGGAGAUCCUCCUGAUCGGUUUGGGCAAUCCCCUUUAUUCGCGCAUCACACUUUACAGGCUAGCUGACCUUAUGCUACUAGGCAGGCUUGUCCCUGUAACAAGCAUUGGGGACAACAUUCUCUUGGUCUCUGACAAGGUUCUGAGUGUCAGCAGUAGGGUGCUCCCUAAUGUUGAGGGUAACUCCGUGGUGAUGGUCAAUGGUGGCAAUGAAGAAGCGUAUUUCGGUCAGUACCAGCUCAGUAGUUCAACGUGGUCGCCGGCAGCCGAUGGAUCUAUUCGAGACCAUGUACCCAGUCCGUGUAGCCUCAUUUAUCAUAUCUUCACAUGUUGCCGUCCUGACCAUUGGGACAAAGGAGAAAUUUCUUUUCAGGUUAGGGGUAAUCUCACGUGGAAGGUGAAGGGAAGGUGGCGUUAUGGGGUGUAAAUGAUUCUUCUUCGGGGCUGUGUGCUCUGAUAAGCUCAGAGCUGCGGCUGCUUAAGUGAGGUUCAUUAGCUGAGAAGAUGUCUGGUAACUCAAGAUAGCGAGGUUGACAUUAUGAUGGCAGCAACCUCGAUCGUUUUCGUUGAGGCACGGCAGCCAAUUUCUCCCGAUUCUACAUUGUUAAAGAACAAACCGAUUUGGCAGCAGUUCUUCAGCCCUUCUGAUUUUGAACCCCAUAUCUAUACAAAAAUUUAUACGGAGUAUUAGAAAAAUGCUUGUGCCACACCCAUCAAUUUCUUUAGCCAUUUUUUUCCGGUUUUGUGUACCUUGUCUCCGAGGAAUGUUUCUGAAACAAAAUGGUUUCAUGCAAAAUGUAGUGUACUACCUCCGCCUAGGCCUGCGGCUAGAUUAUGCUCUCUCGGGGCAAGCAUUCUCCAGGGGCAGAAUAUCAUCCAUGUCGACAGUACAAAUCCACCAAUUCUCUGCAUAAAUCUUUGGCUUGUUCGCUACUCGAGUCAGUUUAAACCUUGUUGUGAAUUUGUACUCCCUCCGAUCCUAAAUUGUUGUCGUUGUUUUAGUUACAUUCUAAAGAGUAAUUAUUUUGUAAUAGGACGCAGAAAAAUAGUCUCAGGAGUAGGAAAAAGUUUGUUAAACGUAACACUUUAUCAAAUCCAUAGCGUUACCACAUAAAGACGAAAGUGGGCAAAAUUUACUAAAAAGAA